AUUACUAGAUUUUAUUACGAGGCAAAGGUACAUGAAUAACUCAACUAUAUUUCCAUAAGGGCUAGGUGGAGAAAGUCUUUAAUACAAUAGAUGAUGCCACAUGGAGAAAGGUUUUAGUACAAUAGAAGAUACCACGUCUACAAUAUUCUCAUUCUUUAAUAUUAUGGCAACUCACUUUGACAACUACAUUUAGUGGGUCAGCCUAUAAUAAAACCCAGCCUUUUGCAAACUUCCAAUUAUUUUGAAGACUUUCUCCCCUAAUUGAUUGUAAGAAUAUUGUAUUAACAUUAAUGAAAAUACAGACAAUCCGGACAAUCAACCGUGCGAUGUUAAAUAAUGAUAAAUAAACUUAAAUUUUAAAAUUAAAAUAUAAAAUUAAUGAAGUAACUUAGGCGUGGCAACAGCUAAUCAAAUCCAAGAUGUCAUAAAUGGUGGCUUUUGAAUGCAUUGGAUAAGUCGGAAAGAAUCGACAAAAUGGGAUUUAUGUUGACAAAGUCUGAAAGCUUAAAUAUUCCAACGUACACAAAACGUAAGGCAGCCCAACAGAUGAAUGCAUAUUCCCUUUUAAAACGAUUGCUUGCCACCUUGCAUUUUCCCAUUACCUGUCUAGAUUUCGGAGAGAAACUGAAUUCAGCUUCUUUAGCUGAAAUAGUGCUUCCCUCAGUUGUCCAAUUUUGAACAAAUCUAGACUGAUAUGUACCAAAAGUAUAUAUCAAAUGCAGUAAUCACCCCAGAAUACAAGUGUUUCAUAAGG